AUGGCGGCCACCAAUCGGGCACGGCCGCCGCCCCGCGCCAACAUUUCGUUCUUCUCGAAGAUUCAGGGCAAGAUCAGCGACGCUUGCGCCCAGCAAAAGUUCCUCACCGACAAGAAGACGCUGGAGAAAACGUGGAAACUGAUGGACAAGGUGGUGAAGCUGUGCCAGCAGUCGAAGAUGAACCUCAAGAACAGUCCCCCGUUCAUACUGGAUAUUCUGCCCGACACCUACCAGCGGUUGCACCUGAUCUACUCGAAGUACGAGGAUCAGAUGCACUUGCUGCACUCGAACGAGCACUACAACAUCUUCAUCAACAACCUGAUGCGCAAGUGCAAGCAAGCGAUCAAGCUGUUCAAGGAGGGCAAGGAGAAGAUGUUCGACGAGAACUCGCACUACCGCCGCAACCUGACCAAGCUGAGUCUGGUGUUUUCGCACAUGCUGAGCGAGCUGAAGGCGAUCUUUCCGAACGGCCUCUUUGCCGGCGAUCAAUUUCGCAUCACCAAGGCGGACGCGGCCGACUUCUGGAAGACCCGCUUCGGUAGCAGCACGCUCGUACCGUGGAAACUGUUCCGGCAAGAGCUGUCCCAGGUGCAUCCGAUCUCCUCCGGGCUGGAAGCGAUGGCGCUUAAAACCACCAUAGACUUAACGUGCAAUGAUUAUAUAUCAAAUUUUGAAUUUGAUGUGUUUACAAGGCUGUUUCAACCCUGGAAUACGUUGCUGAGAAAUUGGCAAAUCCUUGCUGUGACUCACCCAGGCUACGUAGCUUUCCUAACCUACGACGAAGUCAAAGCCCGCUUACAAAAGUAUAUCAAUAAGGCUGGUAGUUAUGUUUUCAGAUUAUCCUGCACACGGUUAGGGCAGUGGGCGAUAGGUUACGUGACGCAAGAAGGCGAAAUCCUGCAGACGAUCCCACAGAAUAAGUCAUUAUGUCAAGCUUUACUAGACGGCCAUAGGGAAGGGUUCUAUCUGUUCCCCGACGGCAAACCAAACAAUCCGGACCUAUCGUUUGCCGUGCAAAGUCCACUCGAGGAUCAUAUCACUGUGACACAGGAACAGUACGAGCUGUACUGUGAAAUGGGGAGCACCUUUCAGUUGUGCAAAAUCUGUGCCGAAAACGAUAAGGACAUUCGCAUCGAACCGUGCGGCCAUCUCCUGUGUACGCCGUGCCUAACGGCCUGGCAGGUGGAUUCGGAAGGACAGGGCUGUCCGUUCUGUAGGGCAGAAAUCAAGGGAACGGAACAGAUCGUGGUGGACGCGUUCGAUCCGAAGCGGCAGCACAAUCGCAACUCGGCCAACGGUCGCCAGCAGCUCCAGAACGACGAUCACGACGACGAUACGGAGGAUGACUUCAACAUUGCCACCUCAUCCCUGCACGCGCUAAGCAAUAGUAUGACCCUGGCACGCAACAACAACGAAAAGCAAAGCCCGCACUCAUCGCCUCGCUUGCCACGCCGCCAGCAAACGACAAACUCGACGCCGACGACGACGGCGGCGACGGUUGGCCCACAGCAGCCCUCGGCACCGGUGUUAAGCAAUAGCGAUAUUUACGCGGGCGGUCCCUCGGCCAUGGGGGGCAUGGGUCACCACCAACCGUCGGCUCCGCCUCAGCAAUCGUGUGCCGGCGGAGCGAGUGGCGUUGCGCCCGCGAUCCCAGCGGUGGCCGGUUCCGUGCUCAAUCCGGCCUCCGCUUCACCCGCAAACUCGUCCUCCUCGUCAUCGUCCUCUUCCUCAUCAUCCUCAUCGUCAUCGUCAUCUUCUUCCUCUUCCUCCUCCACCACCUCGUCAUCAUCGUCCGCCACGUCGACGACUUCUUCAUCUGCCGCGGGUGCCGCCGGAACCGUGCUUCCGGUGUUAAGCUCACCGGCCGCACAGGCGGCUGCUGUGGCCGCCUCUGCGCCACCGCCUCCGACGGCCACCGUGUCCCACACGGUCAACGGCAAUCUGGUGGCCACGCACACUAACAUCUCGCUUAACGCAAACGGCACUGGCUCCUCCGGCAUCAGCAGCAACAGCAACAGCAACAGUAGCAACAGCAGUAGCAGCAGCAGCAGCGGCGGACACCACAACAAUCUGGUCAAGUGUAACAAAUCCUCAUCCUCUUCCCUUCUACCGCAGACUGGCGGUGGCGGUGUGGCGGCGCUGCCGUGCGGAAGCCAUCAUCACCACCACCAACAGCAGCAGCAGCAGCAGCAGUCGGUGGUGACGGCGCAACAGCUGAACCGUCUCAGCGCACCGGUCGCAUCGGUGAGCUGCGCCAGUGGGCCCACUUCCGGGAGCCCGUCGCCGAGCAGCUACCUGAUCCUGAAGGCCUUCAACAAAGCCCUCUCGAGCGAGACGACCUCAUCCAGCUCGCUGGAGUCGAUCUACCAGCACGCGGCGCACCAGAGACAGUGCACCACGACGCCACCGCCGCUGCCACCGCGAAAGUCCUCACCGGGGAUCUUGGCCAGCGGUAGUUCCCAGUGCGCCAAUGCCUGUGACAAUCGGUUGCAGAAAUCCUCCGUGAACCGCGGAUGCCCACCACCAACGGCCACGACGCAAGCGCUGCUUCAAGCGACGUCCCGCAACAACAACCAGAUCAUUGCAACUGCCUCGAGCUUGUGCAACCUAUCGAACCAGAUCACCAGCGGACUCAAUCUGAGCCGCAGCUCGGAGAACCUCUCGUUGCUUGCGGCGCGCCUAGCGCCAAAGGACGGUGUUCCCGCACCGGAAGCACCCAGCAUUCAGCAUCCCGUUCCACCGCCGGUUCCGAAGCAUCAAAACAUUGCCAUCAGCAGCGAUCGAUCAACAGGCGGUGGUGGCGGUGGCGGCGGUUGCCCUUGUUCGAGUGCCAAUGCGCUUCCCGGCGGUGGAACGAACCCGCUGGACCCGUUUGGGGGUGACAGUGCCAUCGACAAGGUGAUCGUGGGUCCCGCGGAAACGAUCGUCGGUAUCAUCGACACGCGGCCACCGGAAGCGCGCCAUCCGAUCAUCCUGAAGGUGGACGAAAAGUCCGACCAAAGCCUCAUCCUGACGGCGGCCCUUACGCCGAACAACGUGUACCAGUUCAAACCGACGGCCUCGGUCAGCAGCAGCAACCUGAAUGGGCUCGUAACGGUACAAACCAGCGGCACCAGCACGGAACUCGCUCCCGGGGGCAGCGCAACAACGACGACAACGACGACGGUUGUGUUCAAACCGGCCCCGGCACAACCACAACCGACGCCCCAGCGGCAACCGCAGCCCCAGCCACGCACCCAGUACCAACCUUCGUCGCAAGCGUCCUCCGCCGCAGUGUCCCAGCCCGUGAACAACCACCAGCGGCACCAGUCGCUACCGGCAAACGGCGGUGGCGGCAUCGGAGCCGCAAAGAUCCUACCGCAUCCGCCACCCUGUAAAUCGAUCACCUCCUCGCAGCUGUCCGCAUCCGCUGGCGGAAGCAAACCGUUGCUGUACGAAAACGUUUGCCUAGCAACGACGGCGACGGACGGCGGGGACGGGCUGCCCUCUACGGUGGCCGCAAAUAGCAAGAGCAAAAGUAACAACAAUCAUCUUUCCAGCCUCUCGUCAUCGCCAGGGCUUGGCGCCGGGGCCAUAAUGGUGAUGGAGGGUAGUACCGCCGCCGCCGGGGCCCGGUCCUAUCCGAUCAACAACAAUAACAACUCGAACGUGCCGUACGAAAAUAUCAACCUCGAGUAUAUAGCGCGCCUCAUGCAGGAGGGCUACUCAAAGGAGAACGUCAUCACGGCACUCGGGAUCUCGCGCAACAACAUCGAAAUGGCGUGCGACAUCCUGCACGAGUUUGUGAGCAAAAGUGGCGGCGGUUGAGGGGAGCGUCCGCUGAAAGCCUUCGUUCAUAUCGCGCGAAAGACCUGCGGAACCGCCGGACUCUACACAAUCAUUACUAGGCACCGGAGUCCGGAACCGGGUUAUCGAGUGUAGGGCAUGGCAAUACGUGUCAACGUACAGAUAUUGGAUAGAGAGGUGCAGGAACAAAACGGGGUGGAUUAUCCGAAAGUGACCGAACUGUAAAUAAUGUCUCUAAAUUCAAGCGAUCAGCAAUCACACUUGCUUGUAUCGUGUGCUGCGGCCUUGGAAUGGGCCAUAGUUAGAAGAUCAUUAAAAGAUUGUGUAGGAUCAUUGAGCGUGACCAUACGGGUGUGUUUGGUGUGCGUGUACGGAUAACAUUAUUAUCCUUUCAUCAAAUGAAGCUUUACUUUAGUUCCUUACUGAGAAGCGAAAGAGUGUUUCAGUUGAUUAGCUAGCUAGGCCUCAAAGAGAGAAAGAGAGAGAAAGAGAGAGGGAGAGAGCGAGGGGUAAAGAAUCGUACUUUAGUUGAGUAUUGAUCUAUUAUUCUGCGAUCCACACAGAUCGUGGAUCGUGGCCAAUAACAUUCCUGAUCCUGAUCAGUUGUCCGAUCGGUGUUGCCCGGUUGUGGAAGUUUCUCUGGCUUGCCGUGUCAUUCCACUGAGAUUCGACUGUGAAUGGAGGUACGCGAAACUGCAGAGCUGCGGCCCAGCAGAGUGCCAAACCCGAAACGGCCGCCGCAAGCCGAAAACUCCGUUUGCGGAUGUAAAUAACGUAACCCCCAGCCCCUAGUCAUUUGUGGUCGGUCUUUGAGGAGAUAACUGUAUUAGGGCCAAGUCGGGACCACCAGGCGCACCCAAUCCGAGGGCAUCCGAGUUUCUUUCGUUACUACUACCAUGCCUUUUCCUUGUAGUGGCCACUGGACUGACUGAUCGAUUCUUUUCUCAUAACUGUCGAAGUGAAGAGGCGCUUCACAAUUCCAUUCAAAGUAAUUGAGCAGCAGCGCGGAACACGGUGAAUUGUGGGCAAUGAAAAAGAGGAAUUUUCGCUCUAGUGAUGGUCGGAUUUAACUGCGGAUUGACUGCGUAAAGUAAACCCAUCAUCCCGACCGGUUGUUUGUAGCAAUCUCAAACGGGCAUUUAGAACUGACUAACUGACGAAUUGAAGUAUAAAUAUAAUUUAAAGUGUAAUCGUGGGAGCAAAUACUGUGUGUGCGUGUGCUGUGUGAAAAAAAAACUCUCACUCAAAUUCUACCGAAUCUAACGAGCAAUAGCAGACUUUUAAGAGGGCCCUGUACAAAGUGCACGAUAUUUUCUUCGGGUAACAGUGGUAGGUGAUGGUAGCUAACACGUUAAACCUUCAACAUUAGAACCUACUGGAGUCUCAUAAAAGAUUUGUCCUAUCAUGUAUAAUGUGUAUACCCUGCAAUACUCAUCGGUGCCGCGCGCUCGCGCACGCACUCCCUUUGCAACCAAAAGGAGGGACCGUUGACGAACAUCACUACCCCCGAAAUCUGUAGCACAAUGAUGGAACACGGUGUAUGCAUAAGUUAGGUGUGUUUUGUAAAUAACGUGAUGCUAGUGAAGUACGAGCUAGUGAAGCGACGAGUGCAAGUGAAACAACCAAACCACGGUGGCCCGGUCUGAGGCCUACAAUCUGACGAAUCCAUGUGGUAUAGCAAAGCAAAAUCGUAUUUAAUAUACAAUCAACAAAUUAGAGUGAAUUGUUCUAAACUGUAUUCGGUCGGGAGAUGAGAAAGUACUAAAGGGGCGGUGGUGUGACUUGGCGCAAACUCACUAAAAGAAACCAACAGCCACUCUGCAGUCGGUCUCGCCGUCGGAAAUACGCCAUCGGAACGCGCUUAACGGAGAUAGUGACAGAGUGUCUGAAACGCGACAAAGAAUCAUAUAUUUUUAUACAUUCUUCAGAAUCAUCUAAACAUAAUCUCAACUUUACACGGAUAAGACAACAGCGAAGCAAAAACAGCGAAAGCAAAGCAAAUACCAAACGCAAGAGACAGCACUUUUUAUCGCCCAAACGUAAUUGUGUAGUUCAAAAUUUCAUUCAAACGGCCGGCGACGGGACACGCGCCGGCGACCGAUCACAACAAAACAUGUUCCCCACAAUAUUGCUACAGACAAAACCCAUCUUAGACAGAGAAAAGUGAA